AUGUCUAGCUACGAUGCACAAUCGUCGUCCUCUAUGCAACCCGAUUCUCCAGACGAUGCGUCUCCUCCAACUAGUAAAUACAGCAGCACACCGGUGAUUGAGUUAGUAGACGUACAUGGAAGAAUAACCCUGGACAAUGUCUACCGGAAUGGACUCCAUUCUCUCCGGCAACUGAAAAUACGCAAUUUAUCAGAAUGUCCUGUUCUUGUGAAGAUGCGUUCUAAUCUACGCAAUCAGAUCGCUUUUCAGCUCAAAAACGAAAAUAUUGCAGACUUUUCAGAAUCAGAUCUCCAAGGGAUUGCCACAAAUACGGUCGAUUGGUCUCGAGCUAAGCUUUCUGACGCCUGCCAUUUUAACCAGCUCUUUAAUUAUGUCAAGCACAUAGACCAGUUAGAACUUGGUCCUUUCUCUUCCCACACAUUCAUUCUUGCAUUUUUACCAGAAGCAAACCCUUCACACACAGGAGCACGAGAAGAAGAGGCCGAUAGCUCUGGACAUGACACUGGCUACGGCCACGAAGCAGCAGAAGACGAAGAUUCAUACGAGCAAUUUAAUGUAACAGGCAGUCUCUUCUUCUUUGGCUACCGGCUUCCUGAUUACAACAGCACCGACAUAACUGCACGCAUUGAUACUCAACAAGACAACCUAAUAACUACAGCAAUGGCUGACUACCAGCUGUCGAUCAAGUUCAGGGCAAGUGUGUGCCAGUCUGUACUUUGGACAGAUGUGGCAGAAACUGGUAUAAAUUUCGAAGACUGCAUGCUCGGAGAGACAUAUUACAAGGAUAUUGUUAUUCAGAACAAGAGUGAAAUCGAGCUCUAUUGGCUACUGAAUACUGUUGACCUAUCGAAUCUUAACCAAGAAGGAUGGCUAUAUUUCUCAGAUGCAGAUACAAACCAACCCCUUGUCAAUUGUCCAAUUCAGAGCUACUCAAACAAACGCAUCCGUUUAGCAUUUAUGCCAAAAGAAGUCGGGGAAUUCAAUUAUGACUUGCAGUUAGAGAACGCAAACGAUUCUAGAAACGUAGUUCAGACAAAGAUACAUGCCACAGUACGCUCCGUAAUGCACAAAGAGUCUCUAACUGUCAGUAGCGGCACACUAUUAGACUUUGGCGACUGUAUUUCAGGGCAAUGGGCAGUUCAACAGAUCGUAUUGAAUAAUGUGAGCGAAUCAUUAGUCGAGGUGCGAUUUCUACCCGAAGGUGCCGAGAUCAUGUUUGAUAUUAAGUCUACAUUGGACCCAUCAGAAGAUAAUCAAAACAACCUUGCAUCAUCGGCAACCGAAACUUCAGACAUGAAGAUGAAACGCUUAGGACGGAACUAUGACAGGGACAGUAGCACCAGAAGUAUAUACACUACUCCCACGGCAACUGUAGCUAGCGCAAGCGAAAUUUCAGGACCAAACAGCGAAGUCAGCUCACGCUCCUCCUCGCCUACUCCUUCUAUGCAGGGAAUGUAUGCAAAUGACCGAGAGGGAUCGAGUUCACCAGUAUCCAGAGAUCUCGCCCCGAAUUCUAGGUCGCACACACCGCCAAUGCGUUCCUCUACAAUAGAUACCGUAACCAGCACAGGUGACGAGUCUGACGUCGAUAUGGGGUUGCAACUUAUGGGAUCGCAUAAUAUGUUUACAAACACAAAUUAUGACCUACCUGCACCUGCGCUGAGCAGUGCAGAGAGCUAUACAAGGAUAGAGGAUCUUUUGUUAAAGCCAGGUCAUGAAAGAGUCAUUCAAGUAUCAUAUAGACCUCAGAAAGACUCUUCUAUCAAUGAUUUCAACGCAGGACAGUUAAUUCGACGAAACUUUCGUAUCGCACUUGAGUAUGGUACCUACAGAAGCUCAGAGCCAAAAGAAAGGAAGGCGAUUCAGUGUAAAGCAAGAACAUGUACUUCUUUUGUCGAAGUUAUCCCAAAAGAAAUCAACUUUGGAGAUACUGAUGUGGGAACACUCAAAUCACUUCCUAUCAAUAUCUUUAACCGCUCAGAUAUUAUGGCGCGUGUCGAGCUACAAUUUACUUCCAAAGUGCUCAAUUGUUUGCGAGGCGAAAUCACAAUACCACCACGUAACUAUGUUGAGUUGAAAUUGGAUUUAUACCCACGAAAGGUGAACCCUGAGUACCGAAAACAAAUCACGUUGGUGAACUACUUGAAUAGUGACAAUGAUCAGAUUAUCGAAGUUCAGAGUACAAAUAUUGACAAAAAUCGAGUAACGUUUCAUUCACUGUUCUAUCGUAUCCUUACGGCGACCGGUGCCAACUUCUUAGAUUUUGGGUCGAUUGCACUCAACACUCCAUCUAUUAGAACAUUUACAAUUGAGAAUAUCCGUGACAAACUACUUACUCUUGAGAUUUCAUCUUCAAUGCCAGACGAUAUUAUGGUCUACACUAAGAGGAAGCGGAUUGGAAAUAGUCUUGUAAAAAAGCCGAUUACUAAACCCCUGAUAAAUACUGUAUUAAAGAGUAAUACUAAGCAGCAGCACGCCGUAAAACCGGGAGCCUCAGCUGUGGUUGGAACGCGUCAUACUGCGGACACCAAGAAGGACACUCUUUUGAUGCGUCGUGUCCGUCCUUCACACCAAAUUCGCGCUGAUCACGCUCUUGCCGCAACGGCAUAUCUCGACCUGGCCACAUCUCCUUUACUUCACACACUUCACGCCCGUCGGAAAUGGGUGGUCCAUUCGCAUGUCGAAAAAGCCAAGAUUUCCCAGGAGACACAUGGAAUGCGUCACAAGGCAUAUCGUAUUUCGCGCAUUAGUUCUGAGAGUGAGGGAGGCACAAACAAGCCGUUACAAGGAGGGUACACAGGCCAAAAUACAACGGAUACCGCAAAUUUAAAGAACAAGCCUAGUCCAAUUAAGCAUGUUGAUUCUUUUGAGACCAUACACGAAAAAACCAAGAAGCCGAUGGGUAUAACUGCAGCAAGGUACAAAUCGAGGAAGAAUCUAGAUUGGUCUGAUAUAGCAGGCAAAUCUCGUGUCCCAUUUGAAGAUCUUAUCUCUGUACUUGAGCAUGGCUCCAAGGCCACCCCACCCUUAUUUCCAAAACAAUCAGCAGAGGAACAAUUCGUGCGUCAUCAGCUGGCUUGGAGACGAGAACUAGACAGAUUGAUAGAGAAGGGUGAUCUCGUACCUGCGAUGCUAGUCCAGGUUGAGCCACAGGGCGAGGAAGAAGUUGUGAUCGUAUUUACGCCAAAGGGUAAUACGAAACCUCACGUACAUACAGCGCCUAAAAAACAAGAUGGCCGAAUAUUCUUACGACUGAUUGAUUUUGACCGAAACAUGGAGCAAACCGAGUUUGAGAACUUGAUGGAUCUUGACAACUCUCUUAUUCCUGUACGUGAGGUGAUUGUACGUGCUCAGCUCUGUCGAUCAGUUAUGGACUUGGGUCAAAAGAAUAUCAACUUUGGUAUUGUAGAGCGGAAUGAAAGACAUGCAAAGUCUAUUGUACUUCACAACAGAAGUGAAACCCCAUUACUUUAUGCUAUUCGUAAAUCCGGUUCAAUUGCCUCUGGUGACAUUGAGCUGGGAGUUGGACGAUAUGGUGUAGUACGAGCGUUUGGCAAGCGUGAAAUUGAGUUUGUUUUCGAGCCUACCCUGCCUGGCACGUUUUUAGAACGAUUGGUAGUAGAGAACAUAUGUGACCGGACCAAUAAUCAAGUUCUUUCACUGAAAGCAAUGGUUCGUAAACCAUCCACGUUCUUCAUCAAGUCAAUGGAAUUGGCCUUUGGCCCCUGCUUAGCCGACCAAGGCUGUCAGCGAAUUGAAACAAUCGUUUUGACCAAUACUAACAAGCAGUCGAGAUUAUUUGAAGUACGAGUGGAUCCUAAUGAGGUUAUUUUUGGCCCUUAUUUCGGCGAAUUUGACUUUGUGGUUGAAGAUGACGACGCCAACACAAUUUCGAAAGAAGCCGAAGAAGAAAUUGAGAAUCUAGAGCAGAAACUUAAAAUUGCACGUCGCAAGAAACAGGUUGACAAAGUGAAGAAGUACAUCAAAAAACUGGCCAAGUUAAAAAAUAUCGAUGUUUUGGAUACAGAUGAAACCGCAAGUGAAGAUACGACAGAUGUCACAGACUUCCCGGAGCCAAAAUCAGCCAUCGAAAAACCAGAGACUGAAGAAGCUUCUACAUCAGUAGCAACCAAGGAAAGUGCCAUCAUAUUUAAAAAGACAUCCGAAAGUGUAGUCUUCCCACUUGACUCCCACGCCACAAAGACCAUUUCCGUUCGAUUCAAGGCCGUGACACGACCUUUUCAACCAGAAUAUACAUUACUUGAAGAAGAAGAAACCGCGAAAUUGCCUAUUCGAGGCCGUAUUUUAGCUCACGAAUAUAAAAAUACCGAUGUUUGCAAGAGCAUUGUCUACACUGCCACAGUCUGUGCUGACCAGGCAUCAUACACAGAUGCACUGGCAGCAGAUACAAUGAGCAACACCACAACAGUUCCAACAACAGCCCAAGAAGAUUCUUCAACUGCGUUUAAUGAAGAUAAGCAUGGUGUAACUACCAACAAUUCCACCAAAGAUACCCUGUCGAGGGACACAAGCAAACCCGAGACCCUUAUUCUUGAGCGCAAUUUCUUUGAUGGAGGUAAAAUCGAAGUUGACCAGAGAUCAACAUUCUAUGUCAAGGUGUCAAACACUUCGGACGAGCCAUUGGAAUACAAACUUGUCAUCGGAAACAAAGAAAAGAAGUUCUUCAAGACAGAAACACCCACACCUUUGGCACCUCACGAAACUCGCAAGGUUAUGUUCGAAAUCUUACCGACCACGGUCGGAAAACGUCUUUAUAAAUUCUCGCUCCGAAACCGCCAAACGGGAAGCAUCCAAUACUUUACACUCCAAUGUCUUGUACACCACCGACGUUAUCUUUCAUUCCCUUCAUUGUUGGAAGAUACACAAGAUGUCCUGGACCUCGGCUACUCGUAUGUAGAUCCUGGAAGCAAAUACUCACAAGUCACGCCUCUUCUCGUAAAGAACAUAUCAGACCAGGACCUAUACAUCACUUGUCAGAGUAACCUGUCUCAUCAGGUUCUGAUAUUUAUGGACGAAACAGGCGAGCGUGGACUUGUGGAGCAGAUGCCUUUCAAGCGAGAUAGUAUGACUACAAUCUGGGUCGCUGUUCAACCAAAUUUACUGACAGGGUAUCUGGGAAGUACCGCAAACGAAUGUCGUGAGUUAGUAGGUGGUAUCAAGUUCUCAAUCUUUACACAAGACAACAAUGCACCCGAAGAGAACGACGAGUCAGAAUUACUGUUGAUGCUAAACCAGACCGUCAAGUUUACUUCCAUUAUCGGCCAGUCGCAUUUAGAGAUAUCUGACCGUAUCAUUAAUCUUGGUUACUCGGAUCUAUUGAACGAGGAGUUCUAUGGGGCGUUCACAAUCAAGAACAAGUCUGGUCAGCUUCCGCUGGACUAUGAAGUAGAAUGUGCCAGCGGAAACGUAGUCCUGGAUAGACGCGGCGGCACCCUGAUGGGUUGGAAAGGAUCAAAAACAAGACCAUCUGACACUGGAUACCUUGAUGAAAAGCAACGUCGAACGUCUUAUGCGGAUGACACUACAAUAGGCUCACUCGCACAGAUUACCUUUCGCAUAUAUACCCAUUGUUACGGUCUGUUGAAUGAGAAAUUGAUUGUGACCAACAAGCACAAUAGUCAAGAGGUGUUUGAGAUUGAUAUCCGUCUUUUCGUGGACAACAAGAAACUCGACGCCUGGUCACCAAACUUCGGAAAGCUUCUUCAGCACACUUCUGUUGAUGAACUAGUCGACCACUCUGAUCAUCGCGAGGCACAUCCUUUACCUGUCGUCAAAUGGGAGAGUAUCUAUAUCUGCCCAUCUCCUCAUCGAUCAAUGGAACACGGUGUAUCGGUUCCUUUACUCCAGGUUAUGGAUCUCCCAGUUGAGGAAGGAAAGCGCUUUUACAUGAGAGAGAUCGAAGUUGCCAAUGCAUCCGGCUAUCCCAUGCAGCUUGUUGUUCUAAGUGAUGUAGACAUCACCGCCGGUUGGGUAGCUGACGAAGACAAGAUUAGAGAGGUGUAUGCACCUGCCCAGGGCGUAUUCUUACAGCGCAGUGGGCAGCUUACGCUCCAACCUGGACAGCGUAUGCGAGUCAGAUUACAGUGCCCAUCUGCCGAGAGACUGGACGAAGACGGUCGCUCGCUAGCGCUUCAAGGCAGAAGUGGAUCACUCAAGGGUAUGUUGCUUAUAUACGAUCUGAGACAACAACUUGAGAUGCUGGCUAUGGAGAUCGAGGCUCUUUUCUGUGUAUCCUUGGCUGAAUUGGAGGUGGAUCGAAUUGACCUUGGGAAGAUCGGGCACACUACAUCCUGGAAACCUACCAAAUUCAAGUUUACUAUCCGUAACGUAGCUGAUGUACCGGUUAUAUACGAUCUCGAAGCACCUGAAUUCAUUGACUUUAUUCCACUGGACAAGAACGGAAUGUCUCUUUCAGAGAAAAAACUCUACAUUCCUUCUCGGAAGUCCCAAACGAUUGAAGGUACAGUAGAUCCUCGACGCAUGCCCGAUCAGACCUCUGGACAGAACAGAUUUGAUGUCCGGAUUGCCAACCAACGGAACAACAGCAACACCAUGGUCUUGCGUCUGAAAACGUUUAUGACAGUAUUUGAGCUGGAAUUCGAGCGGCUGACGCACGGUGAACUGGUCCUACCUACUCUUCACCACCCAUUUAGUGUUCAGAACGUACCGUGUGACAAUUGGUUUACGAUUCGCAACAAGACAGAUGACGAUAUCCGCUUCGAGAUUGGUGCCGACAUGUCUCCUGACCUCGAGAGUUAUGUCAAGGUUGAUGUUGUUUCACGCUACACCAAUUCGCCACUCAAGGGAAGCAUAGCACUCAGUCCACAGGGCACUAUCGAAGUGCGCGUGAGAGCUUCUCCAAACGAAACAUCACGCCUACCUCGCGAUCGACCUGAUCUGACAGACCCUGCAGGUAUCAUAUUGGCCAAGUUGUGGGUGACAACCAGACCAACUCAAGAAGAUGAUGAGAUGGAUGAAGACAGUAAGGUGCGCGAGGUGAUUCCACUUCGGGCAGUAUUGGUGGAAACUCCUACAUUCUCCCUAAGUGAACGCCGCCUGGACUUCAAGUUAGACACAUAUUAUAGAGAAAAGGAAGGCGAUGGAGAAAGACAGGGGAGCAAGGAUGAGUUAAAGAUUGUCGAGGUCAAGGAGAAGUCCAAGGAUGACCCACACUUACCACCACUGCCGCAUGCCGAGUACCAAUGUGUGCCAUCCAGUUGCCCGCUUACUUUGGUCAACCAUGCUUCCAAAACUCCUUUGCGGUUCAAGCUUACUCUGGAAGGACCGGCUGAAUUCUUUGCUAAUGAUAUCGUCAAGAUCACUCCAUUGGCCGAAGAUGGAACGGGUAUUGUUGAACCAGGUAGUACGUUGACACUUUCGGUGAGCAUUGUCAAUCCAAACAGCAUCCCUGGCCAAUUCAAACUUCAUGUCGAUGAUCUUGAUGCGCUGAGUGAAAGCAGGCAGACGGCCUCUAUAUUUGUAACUGAAAUUGUUUGGGAUCUAUAA